AUGUACGACCCAUUCGCUAUUCGCUCGCCCGGGGCCAGGUUGCCCAGCUACGGAGCGUUGAGGGAGACGGUGGAGGAGGACAUUGAGGUGUUGCGGGUGAUUGAGCGAGGUGCUGCUGCGCACCCUUCUGCUCCUCUAGCAUACUUUGCCUUUCCACCCGCCAAGAGGAACGAUAGCUCCCACUGCGACUCUGGUGCGCACGACGGCAGCUCAAAUUGUUCGAGCAGCAGCAGCAGCAGCAGCGUUCGGUCGCCCGUCACUUUUGCUCAAGGAUCGCGUAUCGUGGCGCACUUGGCGGCACGUUAUGCACCCCUCGUAUCCACUCUGCAGGAUUCCAACCGUCUCGUUGCUCUCUUCUCUCAACCUCCCAUUCACCUAUUCUUCCAUCAAUCGGCUCUUUGGGCACUCGGAGUGGGAGUGCUUUUUUUCGAUCAAAAGAUGGAGAGGGUACAGAGAGAUGCGCUGAUCAAGCCUGCUCAGGCUAUUAUCUAUGCGGAUCUGAUAGAGUCGGAUAUGGAGUGGGUCAGAUCUCUCGACAUGCCACAAUGGGAAUUGCCGGAAGAUGAGCACGUCAUCGCCUUGGCAGAUUGGGCAGAGGCGCAAGAAAAGCAAAGAGCCCCGCCGCUCGCUUGGCCGCCCGUCAAAGUGCCUCAUCCCUUCCUCGUGUUGCACACCUCUGCCUCGACUGGUGCGCCCAGACAUUGCAUGUACAGCCUCGAGUAUUGGAGUCGAGGCUUGAUAGAAGCGGCAGACAAAAUCAUAGGCUUGAAAAGAGGAAGCGGCGAAACGCGACCGCGCGUCCUUCCCACCAGCGCAUUCUUCCAUUCCUACACCGGCUAUAUGCUGUUGCAAUUCAUCGUGGGCCAGCCAGUCGUUGUUGCUUAUCCCGCCAACAAGACUUCAUGCACAGUGAUCGAAUGGCUAGAGAUCAUAGUUUCCUCCAACGCCGCCCACAUGGCCACCUAUCCGCAAGUGGCGUCGGACAUGCUCAAAGUUGCCGAAGGCGAUGAGCGCUACGAGCGAGCUUUGCGAGAUCUGCAAAGCUUCGCCGUCUUGGGAGCAGCGGUGGACGCGGAUCUUGGGGAUCGCUUCAAAGCGUUCGGCAUCAAGGUCGCUUACAACCUGUACGGUCUCUCGGAGUUCGGUAGCGUGAUGCUAUCCGUGAGUCCACCCAUGCGACUAGACACUCUGCUGCCGGUCCCUGGAGCAGCCGAAUGGCUCGUCAUGAGACCGGCGACGAAGUCUCUGGGCGGACAAACGCUAGAGUGGGAAGCUUGGAGCAUCGUGGAGCGCAAUCCCAAAUUGGCGCUGAACGUGGCAUUGGGAGGCAUCAAUGCUAUCAUCGAGCCUUAUCCGGGCGAAGGACCGGACCACGGCAAAGCCGCCUUGAACCUUUCGGAUCUGUUCGAGCGCAUAGAAGAUCCGAAGAGCGGCGCGAUUAGUUGGAAAUUGAUCGGGAGGUCGAGCGAUGUCAUUGUCUGGGCCGACACGCUGAGCGCGAGCGCGGUGAGCAUGGAAGCGAGACUUUUAAAAAGUCUCAGAGAUCGUCUUCCACCCGAGACGAUCGAAGCGCUUCAAGUCUUUGGCCUCGCAAGACCUUGGACCGCGCUCGUCAUUCAGACUUGGGAUCAGAGUGCCGUCAGAAACGUUUUGCAGGAUGUUUUGGACGAGUACAACAAGACUCCACCUGCCCCCAUGGCCAUCAUUGACGCUGAAAGAGUCGUGUGCUUGCAAGAUGGACUGGCUUUGACGCACAAGAGCACCGUUAGACGUCGGUACAAUGAACGAGCCUUCGAGAGCUGGUUAGAUAGCCUUUGA